AUGGUAGACACGAGGCCUUCAACACCGCCGCCUGCUUCCAACCCUGGGGAGCUUCCUCGCGGUCCUCUCACACCCGAACAGUUACGGAAAAUCGAGAUCAACCGCAUGAAAGCGAAAGCUCUCCGGGAACAGCGCGAGGCGGAAGCAGCUAAGAAACAGACUGCUGCAUCCUCAUCUACUUCAAUCCGUACCGCGCAACCGACAAAUGGAGUCAAACGGUCCUUUGCAUCGAUGACUGCAUCCGACACACCCGCUACACUUAGAGAUGGUCGUAACAAUGCUGAGCUCUCCAAUCGUCCCUUGGAUGCUAUCAAACCGGCGCGGAAUUUUACGAAAUAUGUCGAGUAUGACUUCAGUAAAAUGACAGAUACGAAGGGGGGGUUCUUGACUGAGGCGGAUGAUCCCAACAACACGGCGCUACAUGUUCGGGAUGGGAAAAUGGAACAGAAACCGGCACAUAUGACGCAGAAGGAAUGGGAGCGGCAGCAAUUGCUUACGGCUCUUCGUCGAGACCGGGCGGGGCCGUUUGAGCCAGGGCUUAGCGUGUUGGAUGAUAAGAGUGCGCAGAAGAAGUGUCGAGAGUGUGGUCGCUUGGAAAUUGAUUGGAAGUGGGAGGAGGUGUUUGGGUGUUGCGUAUGCAAUGCGUGCAAGGAGGUGUACCCUGAACGGUAUAGCUUGCUUACCAAGACAGAAGCAAAGGAGGAUUACCUCCUGACGGACCCUGAGCUCCGAGACGAAGAGCUCUUACCACAUAUGGAACGCCCAAACCCACAUAAAGCAACGUGGAACAACAUGAUGCUAUUUCUUCGAUAUCAAGUUGAAGAGUUUGCCUUCUCCCCAAAGAAAUGGGGCUCCCCGGAAGCCCUGGAUGCAGAGUUUGAACGACGCGAAGCGGAGAAAAAGCGUCGACGGGAGGCUAAGUUUAAGACUAAACUGGAGGAUCUUAAGAAGCGGACACGCGUAGAGGCCUACCGGCGCAGUCGCCAAGGGAAUUCUGGCGGACAGUUUGGGGAUGAUCUGGGGAGCGGACGAAAGCAUGUGCAUCAAUGGGGUCGACCGAUUGAAAACCCGGAGACGGGAAUGGAGAUCAAGAAGUGUGUGGACUGUGGGAUGGAGAUUGAAGAAUUAGAGAUCUGA